UUUCACAAGACGUCUUAGUCAGUGCAAGUCGUCACGCAGAAGCGUUUUCGGAUAUUCCCAGUGUUCCAAGUCCGUUCUGAAGAAGGAUCCCGAGGCCGUGUGUCUUAGCCCCACCUAGAUGCAAUUAAAAUGGUGGCGAUCAUGAACCGGAUCCAGUAAUUUCAUAAAGGAUUGCAUAAGUUACUUCAAUAGCCAAGGCAAUAGGGGAAGCACAUGUGAGUGAGGACCAUGUCCACGCGGGAUGACGAGCGCGAGCCCCUCCUGCCGGCCCCCUGCCACGCCUUCGUCCGCCAGCGCAGCAUCCGGCUGCCUAGGAACCGCCACCCGGGCAGCUUGAAGGGGUGGCCGGCGCACUCGGGCACGGACUCAGUGUUGGCCAAUGACCGAAGUCCCAGACCGACAGACUUAACCCCGACGGACGCCCGCUAUUCCGUUUCGGGUUGCCAGUUCCUUCCUCCUCGGCCGGCGCCGAGCAGGUCCUCUGAGGAGACUCCUAGGCGCCUGAGUCAAGAGGCACUGAGACCGACCAUCAUCGGCCAUGACAGUAAUGGCCGCGUGGCGUCGAUGCAGCGCCAGGCUCCCUCGCUUAGCCCCCUCAGCGACGGCGCCCUCCGAUACCUUGAAACGAUCCGGCAGACGCAGCAGUACUCUCAGCUGCCCAGACGCAACAGCUACAAGGACAUCGCCCCUACGCGAAGGGGCGCCACGCCGCCGCCUAGCGACCGUUUCAGCAGGCAAAGCGGGUCGCUGAGAGGGACGGUGUCUCGCUAUAGCCCCCAGGGGAACGAGUCCUCUUCUCCCAGGGCUCCGCCACCCUCUGCGGCGGACGACCUUUGUUUCAGACAGGUUACUCGAAUCACUGAAGGACUCUGAAAGACAAAGAAGGAAAUCUGGAUCCUCGUCGCCGCAGGGCCCGUGGUCGCCGACCCUCCCCCGCCGGUGCCGCUCCGCCACCAGAGAGCCAGAGUCUCCCGAGCGGAGUCCGUCGUUCACCCAGACCUGGAUGCAGAGGCUAGGGAGGAGAUCGCUGUCGCCCUCGCCCCGGACACUCACGCCGCAGGGCUCUCCGGUUCUCGGCAGGAGAUCCCUUGAAGGCUCCGAUACCACCCCAGAAGGGGCGUUCAAGCGGCAUGGGAGUCUGCCGAUUACUCGGAAACGCAGCUUAGAGAGAAACUGGAGAUCCAGCUCCCUGCGGCAUCCACGCGCCCCGACCGGAGAACUUAAGAGCAACAGGCAAACCUUGAGUAACUCUUCGCAAAGAGAGAGCGAGGCCUGCUUCGCCCUGCUCCCCACCCCGCCCUCAGAUACCGCUUCGCCCCAGAGUCCACUAACCAGUCUGGCCAAUACCCUGUCGAACUACACAGGAAGUUCCAGUCCACACAGGGCCUCCGUGUCCUCCUCGCACUUCAGGGACGCGCAGGAUUCGGGCUCCUCGACCGGCAGCUCGACCGACGAGUCACCGUCCACGUCGGGCGGAGUCAACGGCUGUGGUAGAAGCAGCUCUUUCGAGGCGGGCUCCAUCUCGUCCUUCAAG